AUGCCCCAUUUCUUCGACCUGCCCCGCGAGGUGCGGGAUCUGAUCUACGGCCAAUACGUCAUUUCCGACGGCGGUUAUGUAUUGGAUUUCGAAAGUAAUACCUUCAGGUGUGCCAACGGCGACACCAUCGACCUUGCCCUCAUGCUCACCUGCAAAGCUGUGGCAAACGAACUGAGAACCGUGCCGUUCUCUACAAAUACUCUCAACUUCUCCACGAUAUGCUCAGAGGAGCACCGCAUCACCGCAGGCCGUUUCGAUGAUCUGGUCGCGCAAAUACAUGACCAGCUUGGAGAGAAGUUCUUCAGUAUUUAUCCCGACAAUCUCAGCGUCCCGGACGAUGUUUGGAGGGAGCUGGUGCAAGACCAUCCAAAGUUUGCACCAUAUAUCGAAAGGAUAAAAGGCAGGACAACCUUAUGGGUCCCAAAUGAUGAGGGCAAGCUGAGGCUACUAGACGCCUACCGAAAUGUCAGUCUGCUGGCUCCUGUGGAGAAACACCGUCUACUUCCCGCCAAUUCUCUCGUGCCGCACUGUGUACCAUUGUGGCACACAAAGACCGGUUCAGCCGCGAGCAAUUCGAGGAUUUUCAGACCGGAAUGUUCGUCGUAG